GCACAGAGCGGCCUUGUGGGGCCUGUGGUCAAAGGCCGAUAGUUGCGAUAUGGAGCCUGACACUCUUGCAGCAGCCGGGCACAUCCCAGUGGAACAGUCACCACCCACUCUACAGCCCAGAGCGAUCCUAAAGCUACAUACAGGAAUCAGGAUCCAUUCAAUCCGUUACACUUGUAUGUGUCCUCACAAACAAUUACAGAAAGGUGACCGCAGCUAGGAGGCAGAGUUUCUAAUACAUCUAACUUUCAGAAGUUUUAUUAGUAAAUUAAAAGCUGCCAAACAAUAGAUUACAAAAUAUAAUCCACUUUACGUUAAUCAGAAGGUAAAUGAACAUGAAUAUUUAAAUCAGCACGUUUUGGGCAACAAAAUACAGUUCAAGGUUGAAAGCACUUACUCCUGAGUGAUGUACCACCACCUUACAUGUCCUUUGGCAGGUCACAAUUUCAGGAAGCUUCCCUAUGCUUAAAUAAUUCUGAUAUCCAAGGUUCAGAAGUGCAAAGUAUAUUUUGUUUUGUGUCAGUUGAUUCAUCACUACAGCCAAUCUUUCAACUUUAUUUCUUGGUAUAUGUGAGUUUGGUUUCAUUCUCCUCUCUAGGGCUAAUUUUCCCCUAAAACCAGAAUUCAUUAAUGAAUAUUUCAGACAACACGGCUAUGAUCUGAAAUUAUUCACCCUAAAUAUUCAAACUGCUGCUGCUCUUUAUUGUUGCCUAUCUCUUCCACUUUAGGUCUACCAGAAUCCAACAUGGCAGUACAUGGAACAGAAACCACUCCCUCAGAAAACUCUAACUGUGGAAGUGCUUGAUCAUCUGGAACGGUUGGCACUAGUUGACUUCCGCACCUUGGAAGGUGUACAACGGCUGGAGAAAGCAAUCCAAUUUGCUGAUCAACUUCAUGCUGUUAACACACAAGGAGUAGAGCCAAUGGAUUCAGUACUAGAGGACAGAUGUUUGUAUCUCAGAGAAGAUAACAUCACAGAAGGCAAUUGCACUGAAGAUCUGCUGUGUAAUGCCAGAGAAACAGUUGAGGAAUAUUUCAUAGCCCCACCAGGUAACAUCCCUUUACCAAAGCUAAACGAGCGAGAUACUUUUCUGCAAGUCUCUGAAUGAAAGUCAAGGUCUGGCGUGCCACUUCAUUGUCUGGGACAUAUCUUGAUUCAACGGUCAAGUCUCAAGAAUAAUAGCUGCACAUAAUUACUUUUUCUUCCUUUGUUCUGUAAGAUUACUUUGAAAUUAAAGGUUUGGUGUAUUUUUUCAGUACAAAGACAGAAGGCUAUUGUCUAUUUACAAGUCUAGAAAUUUGGCCUCAAUGCCUCUGAUUAGUCAAUAUAUGGUGAAGCUUACCAUGUCAACCUUGAAACUAUCAUGCACAGUUAGCACUCUAGACACAAUAGCUGUGUCCAUCAACCCUGGUUUGGGGGUAAGAGGAACGAGGUGCUAUUUUUCUUUAUCAAAUUACUUAGGCAGAAUGAGUAGAAUGUUGCAGUACCUAGAUUCACUGGAAACUUGUCACUCAGUGAUCUGGUACUUACCCAAACUCUCCCAUAGGACAAUGCUAUGUAAAAGCACUUGAUUUAUUACAUACUGCAAUCUUUAACUUUUUUGCUUCUACAAAAUAUCUCCAAGUAAACGCUAUCUUGUUCCACAUAUGCUAUACUCCAUUCAGUGCUUUGUCCAGUUUAAAUUAGGUAACUAAAUUUGUAGUUAAGAGUGUAUGAGAAAUGUACUUGUUUUUGAAGUGAAAUAAUGGUUUUAGAGUGAAGAUCCCUACUCAGAUAAGUGGAAAGAUUCCCAAGUCCAGGUCAUUAUGAAGGUGUAUUCAAAAGACCAGUUGCCCACUGCUUCUGUCCACAUUGACAGGGUGGUAAGCUGGUACAAGAUUCAACCAUUGUGGGCUUUGCUCAUAGCAAGUGUAGUUGCCGUAAUACUGUCAAUAUCCAUCCACUUCUGUGGGAUACAAAGCUGUUAAGCUUUGCAAUUGCUUGCACUGCUGAAAUUCACUAGAAUAGCUAAGCCUUCCCAUCUCAGGCUGAGGCAGCAGAACUGUCAUUUAUUCUACAUAGUUCCACUACAUGUACACUAAACAUUUGUUCUGCUGUCAGGUGUGAAACAAAAGUGCACAGUAACUUUUUUGGUCACAUCAGAACACAUUUAAGUAGUCUAUCAAUCUUCUCUAGCCCAGGUAGACAACAUAAACCAUGAGCUCCAUGAUACACCUCCACUAGAAGGAGUGUGUUAAUGGUUGGAGCUAGGAAUG